AAACUUUUUCUGUCAUCUCCUUGCAGAAGUUGCAAAAACCAUGAGGACUUCUGUUAUAUGUUCUAAUACUUCUAAUAUAAUAUUAUAUAGACUCGAUUCCAAUCACAACCAAAAAAUUAAUUGACAUGUGAUGGAAAGAGAACAUUUGCUACCCAAAGGUCCACAACUUGACAGUAAAAGAGAAAAUGAACACUAUCAAAAACGAGAGCAGAGGGCAUUACAGCAGCCUACUGUGAGGGAUUAUGAUCCAUUACCUACUGAUCCUCCUUUAAUCACACAAAAUUAUGGUGCAGCUGAACACUUUCAUUCUUCCACAAUUAAUAUUAAUGGCGAAGACUUAAAAGAACUACCAAAUGAAUAUGCUGGACCAGCUUGGCUGUCAGUUUUGUUCUGUUGUUUUCCUCUUGCAGCUUUAGCAAUCCAUGAAUCAAACCAGGUUAAAAUAUCAAUUGAGAGAAAUGAAAUCGAUAAAGCACAUAUCCAUUCAAUAGCUGCUAAAAAAUUUUCAUCUUUGGCUGUAGUUUUUGGCAUAUUGUUUUUAAUUUGUGGGAUGAUCCUUCUAGCAAAAUUUGCAUAGUUUUCAUAAUGACAUAAAUAGACAAAAUAUUUUUAUAGCUUUCUUGUUUUUAAAAUUUUUAGCCAGAUUCUUUUGAAAUGGGGCUUAAAAUCCAACGUCAGUUUAGGCCCGUCCCAUUGGACUGUGACUAAAUACUUUGCGAGUUUUUUAAAGAAAUACUAACAUAAAAAAUUCAUGCAAGUACAGUAACCUUUUUCUUAUAAUAUGCUACUUCCAUCUACUUUCACUUGUUUGCUGAUUAUCUCUUUGUUGACGUUAGUAAAUUAGUUUGAUGUUAAUACCCAAAAUUAGUAGGGUAGCCAUUGCAUUAACCCAUAAAUUCAAGGCCAAGUAACUCAGAAUCCAGUGGAAUAGCUGAUGUCUUUUCCUUAACAUCAUCCUAUUAUUUUCAUCAGCGUUACAAGCAAUCAAUCAUUUUUUUCAACUGUUCAACCAAAGUGGUUUUGGUUUUAAAAGUAAACAAACAAAAGUGAUUCGUUUUGAAAAUAUAUUUUUUGUAAUGGCACAAAAUAGAAAAAAUAUUAAGGAUGGUGAAAAUGAAAUAUAAAUUCUUCUGAAAUAUAACUUUUUCAAAAAUGUGUGGUUUUAACAUCUUGAAACGUCAAUUCUUUUCAAGAAAACAUGCCGAUUUUAAAGGGGUAAAGACUUUUUUGUUGUCCAUGUAAACCUGGCUUAAAGAAAUAUUUUGCUUCACAUUCACAAUUUCUAUUGUCAUACCAAUUUUUGCGCUGUGGCAAGUUUUUUUUGUUAAAUUUACAACUUCUUGUGCAACCACAAGUAGUUCUUAUAUAAAUUACUUAUACCUGAAUCUCAGUGUAUGUUCAAAAUAACUCUUGUCAGAUUUCAAGCCCUGUUGAAGUAUCAAUGCCUAUUCCAGGGAGUUUUGGUGUGGCGUUUUAUGGACCUGAUUUGCUAACUCCAUCUUUUGAAAUUCAAAUCAUGAUGUAAUAUUUCCAUGUAUGACACAAAACAUGAAUUCAGUAAACGAUGCCAUUUUUUUAUUGCAAUUCGUAUUUUCAUUUUUCAAGAAUUUUUGUAUUUAAUCUGACAAUUUUUAACUGACAUCUUUUAAACAACACCACUGUUUAAGAUGUUGACAGUUAUUUGUUCAAAGUAAUACAUACAGUCUGGUAACUUUUAAAUCUCUUGUACAGUUGGUUUUUUUAAUUAUGGUGGAAGUGUUCAAACAGAUUUGAUUUUUUAAAUUAUUUUAUUAUUCUAAUCAAGCAUUUUAAGGAAUGAUAAUAUGGAAUAGUAAUACAGAAUUUUUAUUUAUUUUACUGCAAUAAGAAAUUUGACCUAUGUUCUCUUAAUUUAGCAUAUAAUAUUGUGCAUGAUAUUGUUUAGUUGCUUUCACAAAUUCAGUUCAUAUUUUAGCAAAAUAGUGAUAUAUAUAUAUAUAUUAUAAAACAUUUUGUGUCUGUAAUACACAUUGCAUUAGGUGCAAACCGGGAUUAAACAUGCUGUCGACCAUGUCACAAAAUAAAAAAAUUGUAUUACAUUAUUUUACUUGACAUGUGUUUUUGAUGUCAUUGGGUUUAUAUUAUAUUAUAUUAUUAUUAUUAUUAUAAAACAUUGUACAUGGUUUUUUGUAACAAAUAAUGCAACUAUCUGAAAA